CUUCCUGCUGCCUCCAGUUGCCUUAGUCACAGACUGCCAGAAUCUCAGAGCCCAGAGGGCACUUGAAGACCACCUGUUGCAAUACCUUUUCCUUCUUCUUUUGUACAGAUGGGGUACCUGAGGCCUACUCUAAAGAAAUGACCUUUACCUGUGGUCACCCCACUUGCCUGGACCAUGCCGAGUUAAGGGUCUUGGGCAUUUCCCCCAAGGAGGUGAGUGCCCCACCAGAGAAGUCUAGCCUGCCUGGGGACUCCAGGGAGCACAGCCCAGUGGCCAGCCAGCCUUGGCUCGCUCUGCUGAGGGGCGCCCAGAUCCUUGGCGGAGGAAGCCGGCAGCAGCCUGCGGUUCUCAGACAGGGGAAACGCUAACUGUGGUUCCUGGCGAUCUGUGACAUAGUUCUCUUUUCUCUCUGACUUGCUCUCUGGUUCUCUCUCUGUCUGACGAAGGGGUGGACACCCUUGAAGCCUCUAGUCACCAUUCAGGGGAUUUCUUCACCAGGAAGGGUAAUUCCUGCUCCAUCCCUGAGGUGACUCAGCUGUGACGUUGACCCACACCAGCCAGAGAGAAAAAGAUAAAAUCACCAGCGUCUUCCUGCUGGUCGAGAGGGUGGCCCAGGCCCGAACCCACCUCUUCUUUCAUCACAACCUCUACUGGGCUGGGCUCGGACCGACAGGGACCCCAGGAUGGCCUCUGGCUCCUCCAGCAGCCCCCGCCCAGCCCCUGAUGAGAAUGAGUUUCCCUUUGGACUGCCCCCCACCGGCUACCAGGACCCAGCAGAGCCCAGGGCCCUCUGCUGCACCGCCUGUCUCUCAGAGAACAUGAGGAACAGCGAGGAUGAGAUCUGCCCCCAGUGCAGAGGGGACGACCCCCAAACCAUGUGCCCAGGAAACCCACCUCAGAAGGACCACCUCGACGGGUCUGAGGCUGGAGUUGGCUGCCCCUUCGCAGACGUUGGCUGCUCCUUCAAGGGGAGCCCAAAGUCUCUGCAGGAGCAUGAGGCUACCUCCCAGGCCUCCCACCUAAACCUGCUGCUGGGCUUCAUGAAACAGUGGCAGGCCCAGCUGGGCUCUGGCCAGGGGUCUGGCCCUCUUGCCCUGGAGCGGGACCUGUCCGGCCUGCAGCUGCAAGCAGCGGUGGAGGUGGCCGGAGACCUGGAGGUGGAUUGCUACCAGGCGCCCUGCUCCGAGAGCCAGGAGGAGCUGCCCCUGCAGGACUUGAUGAAGGAGAAGCUCCUUGCUGAGCUGAAGGAGAAGCUACGUGUUUUCGAGAACAUCGUUGCCGUACUCAACAAGGAGGUGGACGCCUCCCAGCUGGCACUGGCUGCCUCCAUCCACCAGAGCCAGCUGGACUGCGAGCACAUCCUGAGCUUGGAGCAGAGGGUGGUGGAGUUGCAGCAGACGCUGGCCCAGAAGGACCAGGCUCUGGGCAAACUGGAACAGAGUCUGCACCUCAUGGAGGAAGCCUCCUUUGACGGUACCUUCCUGUGGAAGAUCACCAACGUCACCCGGCGGUGCCACGAGUCGGCCUGUGGCAGGACCGUCAGCCUCUUCUCCCCAGCUUUCUACACUGCCAAGUACGGCUACAAACUGUGCCUGCGGCUGUACCUGAAUGGGGACGGCACAGGGAAGAGGACCCACCUGUCGCUCUUCAUCGUUUAAUUGAGCAGGAAGGGGCAUUACAAUGGACUCCUCUAGGCCUGACCUCCCACCCGCCUACAGGUCACCUUCAUGCUGCUUGAUCAGAACAACCGUGAGCACGCCAUUGACGCUUUCCGGCCCGACCUGAGCUCGGCCUCCUUCCAGCGGCCCCAGAGUGAAACGAACGUGGCCAGCGGCUGCCCGCUCUUCUUCCCGCUCAACAGGCUGCAGUCUCCCAAGCACGCCUACGUGAAGGAUGACACCAUGUUCCUCAAGUGCAUCGUGGAGACCGGUGGUUAGGUGGAGGGAGAGGACUGAGAGAGCUCCGCCCAGCUCCGGGAGAACAGCAGCUGGGACUGGGGUCAGCAAGGCGACCCUGGGGUCCCACCCCAGCAAUCCAAACUCUGAGGAGGGGCUGAGGCUGGCGUGAUCUGGGCAGACUGGCACAUGGACUGUGGCUGGCCACCAGCUCAGGGUGGCAGCACCUUGGACUGCCCUCACAAAAGCAACAGACCUGAGGGGGCAGGAGCAGAAUGGCUCUCCUUCGCACCAGACUACACCCUGGGAAGGCUGAGCCUAAAUGCUGAGAUUUCAGCCAAGGUGGGGAGAGAAUGCGGGCCAGGGCUGGGGCGGGCAUGGUGGGCUAGGAGGGUCGGGCCUGAGUGAAGAAGCUCCAGAAGAGAACUGUGACCCCUCUCAGUGGGAAGGAGCAGGCGUGGCCCUCUGAACUCCUCUGGGCCUGGAGUGAGCUUCCCAUCACCAGACCAACAAGCGAUGCCUGGUGGCUACCUGGCAGGCUGUGACAUCUAAUUGGGAGCAGAACAGGAAGACCUUCCCCCAGCAGUGGGCUGGGCUUGCCAGACAGUGCCUGGCAGCCUGGGCCUCGCAGCUCAACUGCCCAAACAGGCCGGAGCACACAGCCCCUGCUUCCUGUGCCUCCACCAGUCCAAGUCCCCAUGGCUUCGUACAGGGACACCAGGAACAGCCGGAAGGAAUGUGGAGAAGGAAGGUGUAAACCUUCCAUGCUCCCAAUAGCUUGGGGGUCCCGCCUAGAGUGCUUUCCAGAAUCUCAUGUUGCCUGGUUCAUGAAGAUGUUCACUUCUCUUCAUUGACUGACCGAGGCUGCUGAGCCACUGAUCAGAGGUGUGUUUUGAAAUACAGAGCCGAAGAGAAUGAAA